CAACUUUCAAUUUCAGCAAAAUAAGUUCUCAGACAUUCCUUCUCUCUCGUCCCUGUCUUCUCUCUCUGACUCUCUAGUCCCUCUCUCACUCUCAGACCUCUCUUACCAUCUCUCUCGUCAGAUCUCUCUCUUACUGUUUCUCUCGUCAGACCUCUCUUCUCUCUUACUCUAUUGUGGUCCUUGCGGCAGCGCUGUGGUUUGGGUAAGUGGUGGUUCGUGGGUUUUGUGUGGAUCGGAGUCGGAGGGUUUGGGUUUUCUCUCUCGUGGUGUGGGUUACGUUUCGAUCGGCGGUGGUGGGUUUUCUGUGGGGGUGGUUGGUGGUGGAUGGUCACAAAGCCACAGAGAGGAGCAAAUAUUUUUUCUUGCUGAGGUCUGUGAAUUUGGGGUUUUGGAGGUUUUGAUUGAUUGGGUUUGGUUUUGGAUUAGGAUUUUGAGUUGAGAGGCUGAUUUUUUGUCUGUGAUUUGGGUUUAAAUCUUCAAAUGACAAGCAUUUUUUUUUUCCUAUCAAGUAAAGAUCUGAGUUCCCAAAGAACUUUUUGACCCAGAUGAUGUUGUUGCUCAAUUCAUGUGGGUAUUCACUAAUUUAGCAAGUCUUGCCAUUGUGAGCUUUGACGACUGUAUUUCCAACUGGGUUUUUUGUUUCUUAGGCUAAAGCCCCUGCCACGGAUUUAGAAAAAAUAAGUAAAGAUUGUAGUUUUAUCUUUUGGGCAUUUUCUACUUUGAAUAAUAUUUGGUCCCAAACCCAAUGGAUGGGGAUAAUAGUUUGAAUAUGCGUAACUGGGGUUACUAUGAACCGACAACAUCCCUUAAAGGCCAUCUGGGUCUUCAACUUAUGUCGUCCAUACCCGAAAAACCACUUAUAGGAGGCCGUAAUGCUGCUGUAAUGGCCGGUGGUAAUAAUGGAGCUUUUCACCAUAGGGAUAUUGGGGUUUCACAUUCCACAUUCCCCAUGGACUACAUGAGGGAUGCUUGGAUUAAUCAGAGAGAGAAAUUUAUUAACGUGUUACCCACACCAAACCCAAAUUAUUCUGUUUUGCCGGAGACAUCCUCUGCUCAUCAUAUGCAGAUGGUUCAGCAACCACCUGAUUUGUCCAACGAUGAAAGGAUUAUAAGUACAGAAGAGACGGUUGUUGAGAAGGAAAAUGAACCUAUUAAGAAAAGGCAGGGAGCGAAACCCCCGAAAUCCCCCAAAGAGAAGAAGGCUAAGAGAGCCCCGCGUGCAACUAAGGCCGAGAGUAGUCCUUCUGCUCCACGUGCGAGGUCAGCAGCGAAGAAAACUACAGAGAUUGUAAUAAAUGGGAUUGACAUGGAUAUAUCAGGCAUUCCUAUCCCAGUUUGCUCGUGUACUGGGACACCUCAGCAGUGUUAUCGAUGGGGCUCUGGUGGGUGGCAAUCUGCGUGUUGUACUACUAAUAUGUCAAUCUACCCCUUGCCAAUGAGUACUAAAAGGCGUGGAGCAAGGAUUGCAGGGAGAAAGAUGAGUAUAGGAGCGUUUAAGAAAGUUUUGGAGAAACUUGCAGCUGAAGGUUAUGACUUCUCUAAUCAGAUUGAUUUGAGGACCCACUGGGCCAAACAUGGAACAAAUAAGUUUGUCACCAUCAGGUAGGUGUAUUAUGUCGAACUUUUAUUAGACCAUACAUUGCAUUCAGCAUGUAACCUUGUAUAUAUGUAUGUGGCCUAAAGCUGAGGCUUCUGAGAUAGUUUGUAGUCGAUAAAAAUCUUCUGUUAUGUAACAUGGUUUUUUAUUUUUCCUU